AUACAAUUUUACGAACUAGAAAAGUGAAGCAUGUUGUCAGUGUACUGAUUCGAAUAAGAAAAUAAUGGAUAGGUACGUGUUGUGUUCCAUUUGGAACACAAAUUAUAUUUUUGGGAAAGACGGUAAAGUUGUUCCUGGACUGACAGCAGCUAGUAAUAUUUAUGAAUUGUUGAAAACAAACUCCAGUAUCUCUGCCAAAUCAAAGAAGUCAUCAUUUCCAGCCUGCUCUCUUAGUGGUGUUCCUGCUACACAGAGGUGUUAUUUUGCAAUUCAGGCAUUACAUGGAAAUUCACAGUUCUGCAGCUCAGAAUGGGAAGAAGUCAUCUCCACAUUACCAAAAAGUGAUAGUGAAGAGUUGUGUCAAACAGCAAUCGAGUCCUGCCAGAAUGCUAUUCAGACCUCUGAGGAAGACGAGAACCCCACAGAAUCCCCAUCCAAGACAGAACUGUUUGAAGUGGCUGCUGAGAGUUUGCACCAGUUAUCAGACAAGCUUCCACCUCCAGGGAAAGCUCUCUUGGAUAUUAUCUUAUUGAGCACUGAUAAUGAGGUUCCCAAACUGAAAGAAUUUCUCCCAGUUCUCGGGUCACUGAAGCAUAUGAAAGAGUGGCAUUCUGCAAAGAUAACCAUUGCAACAAAAGAAGCAAUAGGGUGGCAGAGACAUGCAGCUUACUUAUCAGCACAUUUUUCUGAUCCUGAACAACUUGAAAGGUGCAUCGAGAUGAACGAAAUAUGGAGGGGAAAUAUCUUAAUUCGAGAGAAAAAGUUUGCAUCAGAAGUCAAGUUUUCAGGAUUCAGCUUAAAAGGCGUCUGUAGAAGCUCAUGGAGUAGUUUACUGUGUCGAGAUGCUUCAGAGACUGACAGUCAGACUUCGAGAACCAGUAAACUGUAUUCAGAGGUAUUCCAUUAUUACCAGCCGGUGUUAAAUUUGAUACAGCUGGUGUCAGUCUCCGACAUGCCAAUCUACUUCUGCUCCAGCACAGAGUUUGAACUCUGUGUAUCAACAAAGGCGGAGAAAGGCAAAUCAGAGCUUCUUUUGGACCAACUUGCUACAGUGCAGGGGAAGGUAGGAGCGUUGUUCACUUUGUCCUGCACUGUAAGCAGCAUGUUAAUCCCUCCAACAAGUCAGUUAAGCACAAGGAAAUGGAAAGAAUACAUAGCUAAGAAGCCAAAGUUAAUUUCCGCUCCAGAUAUUGAAAUGAAAGGAGAGAACUGUAACUAUUUCCUUCUGGUCCAGGGCAAGGAAAACGGGGGUUGCAAGGCUAGACUGAUUCACUCUGCUACUCAGAUCAAUGGUGCUGCUGCUCUGGUCACAAUAAACGGAUUGCUCAAUAGCAAGCCGCUACCAGAGACUGAUCUGGAUGUGGCUGCACUGCUAGGGUCUCUGCCUUGUCUCCGUGGCGAACAGCUGAUUCAGAGAGAAAAGAAGCUGGCUCAGAUUCAGUUGCUGGUCCUGAAGGAAUGCUUACGAAUAAGAGAGAAGAACAAGAAGCCCACGUCCAUUCCAGCCAAUGACCUGAAGGUUUUGUUAGCACUUGCUAGGGAGCAAUACCUAAAAGUGCACGAUGCAAACCUUCCCAAAACUAUUUUUCAUGAGGAGGACUUGAAAGAGAAUCAUGAGAAAAAGUGUCCUGGAUAUGAUGUAGCGCGUGUGAGUUCCUCAGAGUGUUCUGAGAGAAGUGUCCUUCAAAACUUUGAAAAAUUGGAAAGAAUCAGACAGAGGAUGAGGACUGGCAUACUGCUGGCAGGAUCCGAGUCUUUGCUGGGGCCCAAGGAUGGUCAGAGGUUACCUUCGGCUCAGCUAGAUGCUAAAGAACUGCUGAAAUACUUCACACUGGAAGGCCAACCAACUGGUGAACUCCAGCCAUUGCUGAUCCAGAGAGGGGAGAAUGCUUUCCAUAUGUCCCCUGAUCUGACGCCUCGUAAAGUGCAAAAACUGCUGUUUAACCAGGCUGCCAACUCGCAUUAUCAUGGGAUUGAAUUCUGUUUGGAUGACAGAAAAGCUUUGGAGAAAGAUAGGGGGUUUGUAAAACUUCAGUCCCGACUUAUCCGAUACGAGACCCACACAACGUGCACAAGAGAGUCCUGUCCGAUCCCGUUUGCGCUGAGUCCUGUGCCGUCCCCUGCAGUCCUCUCUGAGCCUGGGAGUGUCCCUGAUGGAGAGGCAUUGCAGUUCGAGCAAAAGGGGGAUCUGUCCAGACAAAAACACAGGUCCAGGGAAGUGGACAGUGGACUUCCAAAUAAGAGACUUGCUAAAUCUGAGAGCAUGGAUUCCCUUCUGUCGCAGUGUAGUGGCAGCAGUGGACCCCACCAUUCUGUUUGUACCCUGAGAGAUCGGCCCCAGAGGCAUGUGUCUGUGUCCUCAGCUUCAGGGAGGCAGCAUGGUGCUGCUGCUCACAAUCCCACAGCAAAAGCAACGCACCCAAGUGGAGGAAGGGCCCAGGAACAUGAAAACGCAGAACAGAGCAAAGAGUCUCGGUCUCAAAAGCAUGCUCGGAUGCUCAAAGAAGUUGUUGCAAAAACACUAACACUUCAUGGAAUUGCUGUCGAACACAAGUGCUUUGCAGUCUGCAGCCAACGCCUGUUUGAAAUAUCUAAGUUUUACCUAAAGGAUCUGAAAACCUCCAGAGGUCUACAUGAGGAAAUGAAGAAAGCUGCCAAAAGUAAUGCAAAACAGGUAAUUGACUGGGUGUUGGAAAAGACUUCUAAAAAAUGACACUCCUCUACUGAUUGGACUUUUAAUGAACAGUAUAGCCCCCCCUCAUGUGUAAUAAUCAGGUAGAUGUUUGGACUCAAUCUGUUAUUGAAAGGCUGUUUCUCUUCGUCACGAUUACGGUAACCGCAUUAAGAGCAAUUAGCAAAAGGUCAGUGGAGAGAAUAUUGAAUCUAGGAUUUUAACACCAAGUUGUUGGUUAAACUACGCACAUUGGUCAUUUAAAUAGGCCAAGGACCUGAAUUUGAGUGUUGACUAAUAAGCAGUAUUGCUGUAAUUUGAAAAAGUAUAAACAGAGAUGUCGGAUUCAUUUUUUAUGUAUUGCCACAUAUUCUCAGAAGAAUCAAAUGUGAUUAUUGAAUUUUAGUAUUCAGAAUAGCUACUACAUUUGUAUACUUUACCUUUUUGUCAGUAUGGUUUGUGUGCAUAUUUUUGUAUUGUUUGUAAUAAGUGUUAAUAAAGCAUUUUAUCAUAAAAUGAGGACGAAACAAAACAACUCAAAGUAAAACUGGUAUCGUAUUUAUUUUAGUGUUUGAUUUUAUAUGCAAUCAAUGAUACUAAGCAGUUUGCAAAUUUAAAGAAAAUAUAUGAUAACAUUUGUUCUUUUAGAGCAAAUCAAAGACAGAAAGAUUAAACACAGCAAACACAUUGGCUCUAUUUAUGUUUUUAAAAAAACACAGCAGGCUAUAAUUCACUAACAUUGUUCUUUUUUGCAGAUGGUUGUAAUUGCAAUAUGUAUAUUGUAAACUAAAGUUAAAGGCACAUCCAUUUUUUUCUAAGUGAAACAAUUAAGCAAAUAACAGUAGGUGUGCAAUUUUUGUUAACAACAUGUCUCUUAAGGUAUUUUGAAACAAUUAUGUGAUACAAGUCACUGCUGCCAGGAAAGACCAAGUCAAAAUUUGCCCUCUCUAAGGAGAAUUAUAAUGGAAAAUAUGUCUCUGUGGACUUUUUUUCAUUGGUUUUUGAUCCUGGCAAGAGUCAUUUGUAAAUAUACAAAGCUAUCUUUGCACAGAGGAGAUACUUUUACCUCAAAAUAUUCUAGUAAUAUUUGUGUUGUGACAUUUUUUGUGUUCUUUUAGGUGCAUUACAGAGCAGAAUGCCGAGAAUUAAAAUAUCUCUGGCUCCUUAACCCAUAAUAAUAAUUUUUUGUUGCAAAGAAUUGUUUUACAGUUUGUUCAUAGGCUUAAUCCAACAAUAUGUCUGGUAUGGAAUUGUACUGUUUAAUUCUUUGGCCAAUGCCAAUGAGUUGAUUUGAAACUGAGAUUUGAGAGGCUAAGAGUGAUUUCUGCUUCCUUAACCUAAGUGGUGUUUUGAAAUUCUAUGCAAGUGCUGGUAGCUAAUAUACAUCUCUCUUAUUAAUGUAAAUGUUUUGUCUUGAAGGAAUUUUUAUAAAAUGUUUUAAAUGUGUUAUGAAAAGCCGACAACCAGUAUACAUAAUUAAAGAAAGAUUUUACGUCUUGCUUUUGGAGAGAUUUUGGCAGGAUGGCUACUCCUGGGAAGAUUCACUACUGCCCCAUAAUGUCUCCAUUUGGACAAUAUGGUUCUGACUGUGGUUUGGUGGAGCCCCAGACCCCUAGAAAUGGCUUUGUAACCCUAUCCAGACUGAUAGCCACCAAAAACCAUUUUCCAAGUCUUCAGAAGUUUCUUUUGAUAGUGGCAUGAUGUGCCUCUAGAACCUGUGUGCUGACAACUUCACUCUGAUGGUAAGGGCCAAAGUUAGUCAGACUUAUAUUGGUUAGGGCUGGCCCAAAUCCGUCCUGAUUGUUAACCAAAGUAUUCAGACAGCUAACCCUAAUUAUCCCUUUAAUUGGGUUGAGUUAACUAGGGGGAGA